AUGUCAGUCGUUUGGCAAGACUGUGGUGAAACUCAAAGUGGCUCCCAUGCUUUACAAAAUACAAAUGAAACCUACGUAGCAGUUGCAGGUGGAACAGAUGUUAAUGGUGAACCUUUAUAUGUUGGUCGUGGUCAACAUGAAAAUGGUGAAUGGAUUCCGGGGAAAAUUCCACGUUCACAUAAUGGCUGCUAUAUUUCAUAUGGUGGUAAUGAAAUUAUGUGUCAUAAUUGUCAAGUGUUGACAGUGAGUGAAAGUACAAGGAAUCGCCUUCAGUGGAUUCCAGCUUCAAAUGGACAGAUACCUCAUGGGGCAAUUCCUGGUGGUACAGCGUCAGACGGUGCAACAUAUUACAUUGGUCGUGCAGAACAUGAAGGUCGUCUAACGCCGGGUAAAGUACACGUCCAUAAUCAAUGCUUAUUUUUACCAUUUGAUGGUAGCGAACACCAAUAUUCGAAUUAUGAAGUACUUUGCGCUCAGUAA